UCUUAGUUCCUCAGAGAGGAGCUCUGGGGGCAGACUUCCCCUGCGGCCCUGAGCCCUGGCCGACAUGCUGCUGCUGCUGCUGCUGCUGCCCCUGCUGCAGGGCUGUGGGCGGGUGGAGGCCCAGGGGGGUUACGACCUGCCAGGUUACACCCUGAAGGUGCCCAGGGAGGUGACAGUGCAGGAGGGCCUGUGUGUCCAUGUGCCCUGCCAAUUCUCCUACCCCGGGAGCCGCUGGACUAAAAGGGACCCAGCUCAUGGCUACUGGUUCCGGCUACAGGACACAAUGACGGAUGCUCCAGUGGCCACCAACGACCCUGACAGGAACGUGCGGGAGGAGACCCAGGGCCGGUUCCACCUUCUUGGGGACCCAAAAAACUACAACUGCUCCCUGAGCAUCAGAGACGCCAGGAAGACGGACACGGGGACAUACUACUUUCGGGUGGAGAGAGGAGGCUUGAGAUACAAUUACCUAUAUGACAUGGUCUCAGUGCGUGUGACAGCCCUGACCCACACCCCUGACAUCCUCGUCCCUGGGACCCUGGAGUCUGGCCGUCCCAGCAACCUGACCUGCUCUGUGCCCUGGGCCUGUGAGCAGGGGACGCCCCCCACCUUCUCCUGGGAAGGGCCCUCUGUGUCCUCCCUGGACCCCAACAUCAUCCACUCCUCGGUGCUCACCCUCACCCCGUGGCCCCAGGACCAUGGCACCAACCUCACCUGCCAGGUGACCCUGCCUGGAGCCCGUGUGACCAGGACAAAGACCGUCCACCUGAACAUCUCAUACUCUCCACAGAACCUGACUGUAACUGUGUCCCGAGGAGCUGGCCCAGAAUCCACAACCCUGGGGAAUGGCUCAUCUCUUUCCGUCCUGGAGGGUCAAUCUCUGCGUCUGCUCUGUGUCGUCGACAGCCGUCCCCCUGCCAGGCUGAGCUGGUCCUGGGGGAACCUGACCCUGUGUCCCUCGCAGACCAUGGACCCUGGGGUGCUGGAGCUGUCUGCAGAGCACCUCAGGGGUGGAGGGGAAUUCACCUGCCGUGCGCAGAACCCACUGGGCUCCCAGCACAUCUCCCUGAGCCUGUCACCGCAGAGCAAAGCGGGGCCUCUAUCCGGAGUGACGCGGGGGGCCCUCUGGGGCGCUGGAGCUACCUCCCUGCUCUUCCUGUCCUGCACCCUCCUCCUCCUCCUCGGAGCGCGCUCCUACAGGAAGAGGUCCACCAGGCCAGUGGCAGGCUCAGGGGAUACCAAGGCUGUCCAGGACCCGGCGGCCUCUCAGAGCCGCUUGGUCGAGUCCCAGGCAGAGGAACGCUCCCCAGAGCCAGCUCCCCAGGCCGGGGCCACCCGCCCCUCAGAGGAUGAGGAGAUCCAUUAUGCAGCCCUCAGGUUUCAUGAGGUGAAGGCCAGCGACCCGCAGGGAGAGCAGGCCCCCGACAGUGAGUACGCGGAGAUCCACAUCCAGCCAUGAGAGACUGAGACCGGCCCCGGCUCAAGGAGGCGCAGCCUCUUCCAGGGCAAGGAAAAGUCAGGUCCCUGCAGAGGGACGCCUCUAGGUCCUGGCGCCACGCAGAACUGGAACCCAGACCUAUUCCCAGCUGCGCUCCGUGCUGUGGCCACCCCCUCUCUCCCCGCCACCUGCCCACCCAGGGCCUCCGCUCUCCUCUCGCUCCUGAGCUCAACUCUUUCUGACUCCACUGCAGUGAGAUCCUGCUGUGCUUCUCUCUGGGCCUGUGUCAUCCACCACACUGUCCUGCAGGUCACCGAGGUGUCCCCAAGGACAGAACAUCACACUGUAUAUUGCAAGAGAGGAGUGUGGUUGGUGGUGCUGGGGAUGGACCCCAGGGCCCUGUGCCCGUGAGGCAAGCACUCUACCACCUGGGCCAUGUCCCCGGGCCUCAAGGGAGGAUUUUCAAUGUCCUCACCACAAGGGAAUGGAGGGUGUCACAGGUGAUGGAUGGCUGAUUGGCCCAGUGUGUCAGUCCUCAGGGUAUGAAGCUAUUGAACAUCACAUUGUCCCCGAUAAAUGCACACAGUUACCAUUUGUACAUUAACACAAAUAAAACUUUACAAAGCCCUACAGGUGAGGAAUUGAGGGGCAGAAAGUCUCUCUGGGGGCUCCUCCUCUGGAGGCAGCAGUGGGCACCUGCCUGUGCCCUUGGCCCCCACGUGGCCAUUCCACAGCUUUCCAGGAAGUGACCGUGCCUUAGGGUCAGGCCUGCGCAGCUCUGGCCCGGCCUCCUUCCCUCCUUCUGGCCUUGGCCUCCCGGCUCCCCUUACCUGUCACCUGCAUGCAGUCGGGGGCCAUCGACACAGGGAGCUCUCUCUGCUCGCAGCUCACCGUGGCUCCCUGGUCCCGAGUGGCCCAUCCCAGCCUCCUGCGGCCUCCCUCCACGCCCUCUGGGUCCUCACUGCUGCCCACGCCUCCCCUGGCCUUUCUCAGCCCUUUUCCGUCGGCCCCAUGACGCAUCCUUUGGUCCCUGGACACUGGGUCCCCCCUCGAAGGCUGUCCUCCUGGUGUCCUAUUCCUGUGAGCGUGGAGCUCCAGGGGUGGAGCUGAGAGGGAGGAAGCAGCCAUGGUCUCCCCCCUCCAGGGCCAAACCAGGGAGUGAGAAAAGUGUCCCACAGUUUGAGGGUUAUCCCCAGAAUGAACCAAUGACCUAAAGUCUUACCGACACACGUCACCCCAACAAGGGAAGGAAUGGAUCGUGGCAGUCACUUCACAAGUAGGCGGGAAGGCAAGGACCCGAGGACUGGAGGGAGCACUCAAAGCCCUAAACCUGGAUCCCAGCCCAUUCACAGCAGCGUCACAAAUAUCAAGGGACAAUGACUGAAAUCCGUGGAAUACAUCUGUCCCCACCCCACAGAGCACUGCCGCGGGAGCGGAAGGAAGAUGCAAAGGAAUGUGUGGGGGCCACCAUGUCCACGGGUUGGAAGACCCGUAGGUGAGGUGUCACCUUCUCCAUGUGGGUUUCACAUACCCAGUCAAAACCCUAACCUCUGAGUGUGAGUAGGUGCACGUGUUAGUAGAUACAGGUGUGUGAGCAGACGUGUGUAUGUGAAUAUACAGGAGGUGACGUUCACCUCCAUGUGUAUAAAUGCACAAGUGACUGUGAAUCUUCAUGGGAAUAUAAAGGGCCCAGAAUAAUGCGACCAUCUUGCAGAAGAAGAAGAGCUGGAGGGUCACAGUCCUCUUCAGGCAGAGUCACCAGGCAGUGCAGUGGGACGGUGGACUCCAUGAAUGGCCCCCCACCCUGUCAGUGGACUUCAAGUUCAUUCCCUUGGGAGAGGAGAGACUUUUCAAUUAGUGGAGUAGAAGGAGUGGAUCAAGGGUUGGAAAGGUGGAAACUCUGACACUCACCACGUCACACCCGAGAAACGUCUGCGGUGAGUCAGGGACCUGGAGGUGAGCGUGAAACCUGUAAAGCGUCCACACUGGGUGGUCCGCGAGGUAGCUGCCAGCCCCCAGGCCUGGGCACCUCCAGUGUGCCGCGUUGAUUAGGCCAAAGAACACGGUGCUUCCUUAGUGAUCUUAAUACUUGAUAUUUUAAUGUAUGUGUUAAAUAAAACAUUAUGAAAAGUGA